AUGCAACCUGAGGGAACGGUACCCGUCAUCCUGCACCGGUUGAAGGCUCUCGAAGCGCAAGUAGAAGAGUUGAGUCGAUCACAUGUACUGAGUCUCCCUUUGCAUCUUAACGGACACACUCCGCAACCUUUGCAGAACAGCUCAGAGGACGGGAGUAUUGGGGAUGCUCGUCCGGCCAACACAGUCACUGCCGCCAAGGACCAUGAGCAUCGUGGCAGCGUCGUCAAUCCUGAUGCGGCGUCCGGCCCAGCCCCGUUAAUCCUUUAUAAUUGCGUUCUGCCUUGGUCGGACGUCGAAGACUUAGCCAGGCAUUUCUCGACUUACAAUCUACCUCACUGUCAAUUUUUGGGCGACAUCAUUGAACCGGCUCGACUGGCAACUGUGAGCAGGCUGCUGCUAUGGACAAUUGUCAUGGUCGCCUCGCGGCACCACAAAAGGCUCCACCACCGCUACGAGGAGCUUCGGGAUGCGCAUGAGCAACUUUUUGGAAUGACGUGUUGCGAAGCGAUCCAGAACCCUCUCGACCUCCAAGCAGUUCUGCUGCUCUGCAUGUGGCCUCCUCUUGUGCGCAGCCAAUGGUCUGACUCCAGCUGGAUGCAUCUCGGGAGUGCUAUCAGCUGCGCUCGACAAAUGGGGCUCGACAAGCGGCACGACGAGGUCUUUUUCGGGAUGAGAAAGGCCGCGAAUCAACUUAGCAAGUUCCCGAGAACCAUCCUCCGGUUGACCUGGCUGAAGUGCUUCGAGAUUGAUGUCCAACUGAGUUUAUGGCACGGCAAUCUGCCUACGCUCGCGGCAACCCGCCACCUCGAAGCUGUCAUAGAAUUCUGUCGAGAUCAUACCAUUCCGCGGGAUCUUGCCAAUACCAUGGACAUCCAUGUGCGGACUACGCGAUACCUGAUGUUGCUCGAUGAGACACAAUCCGCUCAGCUGUCGUGGUCCCUAUGCAAGACCUUCAUAGCAGAUCUUGCCAUCAUGAAAGCAGACCGGAGUCAGACCUGGUCGGGAAACAACGAAGUAGUCUCGAAUAUGGCAAUGCUGUAUAUCUGCUUGACAGGUCUAGUCAAGUUCCUUGAGGGAUCAUCUCAGACCAACACUCAUACCGCCUUUCCCGCCGCAUACGGAAAGGAGCUCCUCACCCAUGCGAAGGAUCGUGCGAUCGACCUGGUCACUUACAUGUGCGCCUUGAGCAGUCAGGUCUCAACCGAGGGCCAAGGUACUUUUCGAGAACACACAACUCGACUGCCCGGCUUCCCAAAACACAGUUCACGAAUCGUCUUCAUCGCCGCAACAGUCCUCCUCAAAUACCUUGACGAUGAGAGCGAUCAGCCCGCGGCCGCUCAGGAAGACGUCCGGAAUGCGUUUCAGAUGGCCCACCUGUUUUUCCGCUCUUGCGAGUUGUCCGACGAACACAUCCGCGCUGGUCAGACCUUGGAGGUGGCAGGUCGAGCGAUUGGUCGGGGCCGGGCACACGUACAAAACUAUGUCACCACUCGGAUGGGUGCAAGCAUCAUGUACAACAUCAAAUGGCUCGGAGGACUGCUUCGUGGACGGGAUAAAGAUGCCGAGUACGCGACUCCCAGUACGGUGGCGACGAGCACAGGGCCGUCCACGGACUGCGAGCCGCCUUCCAACCACAUCAACAAUGCUGUGGAUGUGUAUCAGGCCUGCCACGAAGCAGAGAAGUGGCCUGGGCUAGAACAAUCGACUACAGUGACGCAGCCGUCUGAUGCGGCUUUUCCGUUUGGCGUGUGGGAUAAUUUGCUAUACGACGAUUGGUCUAACAGCCUCUGCGGCCAGGACAUUGGCAAUUGGGAUCCCUGGUUUGUUUGGGACGCUGGAGGCGCGCCCACUCUAGAUUAG